UGUUGCCAGACAACCGGCGAACACGUUUUAUUUAUUCAUUUAAUUUGGAAAGUAAAUAAACCUUUCCUUGUUUUUUUUUAACUUAACUGAACAGGUAUCUAUUAAUUAUAUUAAAUGGGACGAAACAAGAAGCAAAAUCCCUUUGCGGCACGAAAACGUCAAAAGCGCGAGAAUGGUCCCGAGCGUCCAGACCGCAGAGCCUUACCCUAUGAGGAAAUCAAAAGGGAUAAUGCCUUCUUCAUCAAGUACUACCAUCUGCAGAAGAUUUGCGCCAGCGAGGAGGAGUGGUCGCAGUUCCUCGAUUCUAUUAGGGACAACCUGCCAACCACUUUCAGGGUGACGGGGUUCAAGGACGAAGCCAAGGCGCUACUUUCGAUUAUAGAGACGCAGCUGUUCACUGAGUAUGUCAGGGCAGUGGCCGAACUGCACCAAAAGGCGCCCGAGGAUGUGGAGCGCCCGCUAUGCUUGCCCUGGUAUCCAAACGGGCUGGCCUAUCAACUUCAUCUCACCCGUAAGGACAUUCGCCGUUCAGAGCCACUCUACCGGCUGCACAACUUUCUCAUUGUGGAGACGACGGCGGGAGGAAUCAGUCGGCAAGAGGCCGUUUCCAUGAUCCCUCCGAUUGUCCUAAAUGUUCGGCCCACUGAUAAAGUUUUGGACAUGUGUGCUGCACCGGGUUCCAAGACAGCUCAACUAAUAGAGGCUCUGCAUGCUGCUCCCGAGGAGCACAAGAUCCCACCAGGUUUUGUGCUGGCCAACGAUGUCGACAACAACAGGUGCUAUAUGUUAGUUCACCAGGCCAAGCGCCUUAAUUCGCCUUGUCUUCUGGUGACUAAUCACGAUAGCAGCGCAUUUCCCAACCUGCUGACAACUAAGUCGGAUGGCUCCAAGGCCAUCCUCAAGUUCGACAAGAUCCUCUGCGAUGUGCCCUGCUCCGGUGAUGGAACCCUUCGCAAGAAUCCAGACAUUUGGCUUAAGUGGAACCUGGCACAGGCUUACAAUCUGCAUGGAAUUCAGUAUCGGAUUGUGCGACGUGGCGCCGAGAUGUUGGAGGUAGGCGGUCGUCUAGUGUACUCUACCUGUUCGCUGAAUCCCAUCGAGAACGAAGCAGUGCUGCAGCGCAUCCUCAAGGAGGCUGACGGAGCCCUGGAGCUGGUAGAUGCGGGUCAUUUAGUGCCGGGUCUCAAGUACAACCCAGGCAUGACUGACUGGAAGCUGGCCACCAAGGAGGUGGACCAGAUCUUCACCACCUUUGAGGAGGUUCCUGAAAACCUGCAUACUAUUAUACGGCCAGGGAUGUUCCCGCUGCCCGCCGAUGAGAUAGCUAAGAUCGGGCUGGAUAAAUGCCUAAGAGUGUUGCCGCAUUUACAGGACAGUGGCGGUUUUUUUGUGGCCGUCUUAGAGAAGCGUCGUCAGUUAAGUUUUGAGAAAAACGAUGUGUCGGAGCUGGUGGAGCUUACCGAGAAGGCCAAGCAGCCGGCAGCUGAGGUGAAGGUGGAUGAGGAGGGCAAGCCCAUUGAAGAGAAGUCUGUGCCAUGGGGACCGCAGCGGAAGAAGCGACGCCUGCAUGGUUAUAAGGAGGACCCUUAUGUGUUCUUUGGCGAAAACGAUCCUGAUUACGAGGCCAUUAAGGAGUUCUACCAGUUGGACGAAUCCCUCAAUCAGCGAUGCCUCCUAACGCGGUGCAUCACGGACAAAAAGAAAAACAUUUACUACUGCUCAGAUCCUAUCCGCGAUUUGGUGGUUAACAAUGAGCACAAUAUCAAGAUGAUCAACACGGGCGUAAAGACCUUCGUGCGUUGUGAAAACCGGCACACGGUGCAUCCGUUCCGUUUGGCCCAAGAGGGCCUGCAGACCUCAAAUGCCUUUAUGGGAGCAAAUAGGCGAAUCCAGGUGGAACGGGAGGACCUGGUACUGAUGCUCAACUGUACCGAUCCCACGCAGCCACCAUCGACACACGAACUUAAAAAGGAAACCCAGGAGCGCUGUAAGGAAUUGGGGGUGGGCAGUUGUAUCCUCAAGUACGUAGAUGAGAAGUUUACACUGUACACGGUGGGAUGGCGCGGCACUUCCAGCUUGCGCGCAUACGUGCAGAAGGACGAGACCAUUCAUAUUCUGCGGCUCCUGGGCGCCGAUCUCAGUAAGUUCGAGACUAACAAAUAUGAGGAGGCGAGAGUCGCCGCCGCUGCUGCAGCAGAUGCAACUGCAGACACUGGCAUGGAUGCCGAGUCCGAAUCGUCGGGCGAAUGUGCCGCCGUGGAGACUGUAUCUUCUGGAAAUGGUGUUGCCGCCGAAUCAACUAUCACACCAAACGACACUGAUGAGGUGGCCGCGAAAAGCUAGUUCUCAUAAGUUGUUUUAAAAAAUCUAGCAUUUAAGCUGACCACAUGUAUAAACACUAUGAAUAAAAAAUUGAUAAAAAUCAA